CGCGCUUAAAACUAGUCUGCUGGAAUCAAAAUUGUAUUUUACCGAUGGAAACAAACGAUUUGAGUUGUAGUGUAUCGUUUGAAGUACCAAUACGAGACGAGGCCCAGUCUCCUAGGACUUUACGUCUGCUUUCAUCUCCGAAUUAUGUUCGGAAUGAUUCUGACCUAAAUGAAAGGCUAGAGAAAGCUCGGGAAAGACGAUCUAACGUUCUAGCUGAAACUAUAAAUCGAAAUGAGCAACAUAUUCAUCUAGCUAAGUCCAAAUGUGAACAAGAAAAAGAGAAGCUCGUAAAUCGGUCAAAUGUAUUAAUGGAGAACCUCACGGAGGAUUUAGCACAGAAGUCUUCUAGGCGGCAACAAAUUAUCGAAAAGAUAGUUAAUAGCAACAAGAAAGAAGUUGAGAAAGCAAAACAACUUGCGGAUGCCCGUGCUUCCUCACAAAGUAUCUUGCUUCGUCAAAUCAACGACGAUAUGUCCAAUAAGGAAAACAACAGACGUUCUCACCUACAAAAUAUAGUUCAUCAGUGCCAGCUGGAGAUAGAGAAAGUCGAAUCUGUGCGAUCUCGCCGGUCGAUUAACGACAACAGCAUGGAAUAAAAUGUUCAGAAAUACCGACUCGCUCCCACAUCCCAUUCCUUUGAAAAAAUAUUCUGUAUUCCUUAAACCCCAAUUAAUAAACGUAGAGUGAUAUCAUAA